AUGACAGACGAGCCGUUUUGUCGAUUGACCAUGGCACCAGAUGUCGUAAAAGAAGAGGUGGCAGAGAAUGCAGCUACGGCAGUUGCGGCACGCAGCCCUGGUAAACCUCGAAAUGAAACUCUUUCAGUCAGCACUCGGUCUCAGCCGCUUAUAUUUGGAGAGGAAUGGAAACUGGCUCUUGACGAAGCUGGAACACGCCAGAGACCUCAGCCGGCCGCCGUUAUCCCCAAGUUUGUGUUUGGGGAAUCUUCCAAAGCUGCGACAGCAUCUUCACCAUACCUUGCUGGUGCUAUUUAUGCAAAGACUGCGGCAAAGACUGCUGGCGACAACUCGUCAAUUGAGACAUCCACGUCUCGGCGAGACACUACAUCCUCCGUCACAACACCUUCCUUCACGUUCGACAUUGACCCUUCAGCACUUGGGGAAGGUGCUCGUGAGGCAAAUCCUCCUACUUCAGCGGAGACUGCUUCUUCAUCUCCACCAAUAGUUUAUCAAUUUGGAAGCUUUCGUGGAUUGCACAAUGUGACGCCCGUGCCAUCUCCCAAAGCUGAACCGUUCAAACUAUCAGACGACUACGUCUUUGAUUUCUCAUUACCCUCACCAAAAUGCCCAAGUCCGAAGGCGGCGUUCAAGAUCAGAUCGCCAAGAAACUCACGGCCCAGCUCACUGUCAGAUUUACUGGGUUAUUCACCCAGCACUCAGUCGGGAAGACCACCCGCGGAAACAGGGCAAUCGAGUACGAGCGAGCCAAUUCUGCUUUUGGGUAACCAGAGUCACUCAGACCUCAGCAGGGCUGUGGCUGGCAGUCAACAGCCAGUGGUUGCUUAUGAUGUGCUUAACGAAGAAACACCCCGUCAUCCCUUCUUCAGCAACACAUUCCAAGCCACGCUGCAGAAAGGCCUAAGAAUCGCAAAGGCGGCGACAGAUGUACUAAAGUCCGUCCGCUCCGUUCAAGGAUCCGGUUUGGAUAGUUUGUUAAAGGAAGGGGAGGACUUGUGUGCAUUUCACGGCACCAGUACCAGAACAAUUGCUAUUCUGGGAGACUCUGGGCAAGGAAAAAGCAGUCUUAUAAACUCACUGUUGCAUUUCCCCAGGCUUGCAAAAACUGGAGACUCCGGCUCCGCCUGCACGUCAGUAGUGACUGAGUACCGGCAAAAGAGGCCGAACCAGAAAGAUAAUAUUUUGAUCGAAGUAGAGAUCUUAUCACGGUCCGAAAUAGAGGAGGUGCUAACAGAUUACUUGUGGAAGUAUCGCCUAUUUUAUAACGCCGAAGACAAUACUGAAUUGGAGACAGAAGAGCAUAGAAUUUGCGAAGCCGAUGCAUCGCAGGCUUGGUCGGCACUGGAUACCGCCUUUAGACAUCACCAAGAGUUUUCGAAACAGUUUCUUCAAGAUGAUUCUUCAGGCGCAGUGGAGCGAAUAAAGGCAAAACUCGUCAGAUGGGCAGAGGAAAUUGACUGGCCAGAUGAUGUAGUGGAUUCCGUGUGGCGGAGCUCAGCAAGAGACUCACGAGAAUGUUUUGAAAUGACGAGAAAAUUCAUGGGAGAUAAGCACUGGCCCUUUACAAAGAUUAUUCGUGUCUAUAUCAACGCGCAGAUCCUAAAGACUGGAAUAGUGCUUGCGGACUUGCCUGGGCUACAAGAUACCAACCUUGCGAGAGUGAAGGCUACGCAGGACUACUUGAUGAAAUGCAACUCUGUUUUCAUUGUUGCCAACAUUUCCCGUGCCAUCACAGACCAGUCUCUCAAAUCUUCUCUGUUUUCAGUUCUGUCGCGUCAUGUGCCACUGGAGCUCGAAGAGUCCGGAGCAAAGGCACUGCGGAUUGCAGUGAUAUGCACACGAGCCGAGGAUAUAGACAUUGAGAACGCCAAGCAGGAAUUCUGUGGCCCUGGUAAUUCCGUUGACCUCGACGAAUGCGACAAGCUUGAGAGUGAGCUCGAGGCUGCAAGGCGGACUGGCGACUCUGCGCAGAAGAAGCGGCUAAAGCUAAAGCACAGACUUCUAUUCAUUGAGGCUCGCAAUCAACACGUGAAACGAGGGCUGCAGAGCGCAUACGCAUCUAAAAUUCCGGACCAGACAUUGGAUGUUUUCUGUGUCUCCAACAAAAUCUAUGAAAAGCAUGUGCCAAAAGGUAAUUCUGAAUUUGUCGCAGCAAGCGGCAUCCCAGAACUUCGAAGGUUCUGUCAUACCAUCACCGCAGACGCACAGUUGCAGGAGGCGACGCAUUUCUUGAAGUCGUCAAUCCCGAGUUUCUUGACUACCCUCGAAAUCAGACUCGGCAGUCUAUGCUCCGGAGAUGAAAAGCUUGCUAGGUUCCAACAAGCUAGAAAUAGUAUUCACAGGGGACUGGAUGAAAUGGUUAAAUUGAACAGCGACUAUCAUUCUCAGAUAGUAGGACUAUUCGGCAAGUAUAGAGCAUUACCGCCAAAACGAGCAUCGCUAAUCACCUUUUUGGCGUGUACAGGUAGAAGCGAGCAGUGGCAACAUGCAGCCGCCGCUCAGGGAGAAAUAUGGCAAAAGCACCCUUGGCAUUGGACUCAAUAUGACGCAUGGUGUUGUAACAAUGGUCAUCAUGCGACGGCAGGACGGGACCGUGAGGAUUGGAACGCCAAAAUCAUAUGGAAGAUGCGCUCUGAACUUGACUUCCAGUGGACUGUCGUUGAAGAAGAGGCUGAAGCUGGCUUUUGUAAAUUGCAAAAGACUUUGGACGGGCUCUUCGCAAACUUGCAAGCAGUGCUUGUGGAUUUGAUGCUCGGCAAUGACCUCUCCGUGCUGGAGUAUGCAUUGUCGGCCCAGAUACACAAUGUGACGUAUAGAAUCCAACGGGCCAAGGAAGGGUAUGCCAAGGAAAUGAGUCUUACGAGACGAUAUGCUUCCGAAACAAACUUCACGUCUUUUAUUCUGCAGCAGAUGACCGAUACCUAUCGACAUGCCGCAGGCCAAAGGGGAGCAGGCAAAUCAGCACGGCAAAAGGCAAUAGUGCAAGGUCGGAUAACAGACAACAUACUGUUUCCAACCAUCUGCGCUCUCAUCUCAGAUUGCACCCACAGCACGCUCCAAAACACACGGCGGGAGUUGCUAGAGAUGAUGCAGGCUUCCAUCGGGCAUGUCAGGUCUGACUUUACAUGUGCUCUCGGCGAUGAGAAUUCUGAUAAACGUCCGAUUUGCCUGACCAUGGAGUCCGCCGACCUAGCGACAUUGCGUGAAGCACUGUCUACGGUUAAGCUGCUCAACUUGGAGGCAAAGGUUCUUUUCGAACCAGCCGCAUAG